AUGAAUUCUAAAGAAUAAACUUCAGCUGAUAAGAGAGAAACAUUAUAAUUAUUUUAGAAAGUUUGUUAAAGUGAACAAAAAUAGAAUAUUUAAAUAAAUAAAGAAAAUGUGGAUCCAUAAAUAUAAAUUAUGAUUUAAAAUGGUAAUAAAGAAAGGAAGAAAAGAUUUAGAAUGCCUUAUGAAAUAUUUAGUAGCAAGAAAAAAUAUGAAAUUUUAAGACUUAGUAAACCAAAUAGCAAUAAAUAAUAUGAAUUUGUAGUUUAUGAUGAAGAAUAACUUAGAUUACAAAAGGAAUUUUCAGAGAAAAUAAGAGAUGUUUUUGAUAAAGAUGAUGAUGUGGAUACAACAGAGAGUGUAUUAUAAUAAUUAUAAGAUAUUUGUUUGAAUGAUCUAAUAGAUGGAGUAAGACAAAAUUAACAAGAAUCUGUACCGAAUAUGAUAAAUUUAUUAAGAGUAAAGAGACAUUAUGAUAUAUUGGAUAGAGAUAAAAAUGAAGAUAUUUAGAAUUGA